GACCACUCAAUGCGUUAACGUUAUGUAGUAUUCUUCGCCUUUGUUCCGAACAUAAUUUGAGGCGAACCGGCGUUCCGAUCCAGUGACAAGAACCAUGGGAAAAAGAGGAACCGCGCGAAAAAAGCCCAUCUGGCGCCGAAGCUCUUUUGCUGCUGAUACGCUCCUGACGGACACAGCGUUAGAGAAGACAGAAACGAAGGGGGAUGCGCAGCGGAAACUAAACUAUGUUGCGCCAAAACUCAGCAGUGGUGACGAGGUGAGUAGGGUGAACACGAACUUCCUUCCUGGCCAAGGGGCUCAAGUUCCCAUCCACUUUGUUGUUCUAUUGGUGCUGUUCCUCCUGACUGCCUUCCUCAUCUUUUGCCGGGGGCGUCGCUACAAGUCUGCUGGCUCGAAGUCAUCCAAAGCCGGCCAGUCUCGACGUUCCUCAGCGGCGACCAAUACGAACAACGCCGCUACUAGAGCCACGAAAAAAGUUACGAGUUCUGAUAAGCGUCGUAACUCCUUGGGAAAGAAAGACGCUUCUAAUAAUAACAAUAAUAAUAAGCCCAUCAGGAGAAGCGUUAGCAAUUAUACAUAAGGCCACACCAAGUAAAUUUUAUGGAUGACGUCCGC